AGAAGAGUAGAAGGAGAAAGGAAAGAGAACCAAGAAGAAUCAAAACCUAUGUAGAGUCUCUUCGUGGAAGGCGUUCAAGUUAUAACAUUAUUUCUCUUAUUCUUUGAGCAAGUGUAAACAUAUUUCUUCGUCGAAUAAAAUCAACAAGAUGCCUAAUAUCAAGCUGCAAAGUUCUGAUGGAGAAGUAUUUGAGAUAGACGUAGAUAUUGCAAAAUGUUCUGUUACGAUAAAAACUAUGUUAGAAGAUCUUGGUAUGGAUGAUGAAGAAGAGGAAGCCGUUCCCUUGCCUAAUGUUAAUUCUGUUAUUCUGAGGAAAGUAUUACAAUGGGCAACAUAUCAUAAAGAUGAUCCACCACCACCUGAAGAUGAUGAAAAUAAAGAAAAACGUACUGAUGAUAUUAGCUCUUGGGACGCUGAUUUCUUAAAAGUUGAUCAGGGUACACUGUUUGAAUUAAUUUUGGCGGCUAAUUAUCUUGAUAUUAAGGGACUCUUAGAUGUUACGUGCAAGACUGUUGCUAAUAUGAUCAAAGGCAAAACUCCUGAAGAAAUUCGUAAAACAUUCAACAUUAAGAAUGACUUUACAGCAUCUGAAGAAGAACAAGUUCGCAAGGAAAAUGAAUGGUGCGAGGAGAAAUAAAAAGCCAAAGGAUCUCUUUUUAAAAAUAUAUUUAAUUUUAGUAUUUCAAAUUGUUACAUUUUGAUCUUUCUUUCGUCUUUUUUUUUUUUUUCUUUCAUAUAACUGUGCUAUAAAACGUUACGACACGGAGUACAUUCAAAACAAAUUUACAUGAAACCAUAAUUUCAUUGAUGAUGAAGUGCUUAAAUGGUGUAAUUUAAAAAAACAAGUUUAAUACUUUUGAUUUAUAUCUAAUUUUGAUCAACUUAGAUUAAAUAUGUGUAAAUAUUUUAUGGCAAAUAUUAAUUAAAUUUCUAUAUACUGUAUAUGACUUGUUAACAGAUUUCAUCAUAUUUUUUAUAAUUUUUUUUUUCUCUCAUACUUUCCAUAACACAUUUUAAAUUAUCUUU